GCGCUAGGGUGCGCUGUCACCACCACUAACACGUAAACUCCACGAAGAAGCAGCUUCAGCGAUGGCGAAGCGUAGUAAUAGUGGACCACAAACGCUGAACUUGAGUUGUGUCUAAAGCCCGUUACUGCUGUUUCGUGUCAGCGUGUCGUCGGUGUGAGGAUGGCUCACUGCUACCUGCGACUGUGGGCGGGCUGCAGGAACGUGUUCCGAAUGCCGGUGCCCUCCGGUGCUCCGGCCAGGCUGGUGAUCAGGUGUUCAUCCAUGGUGGGGCAGGUAGAGAGGGGUCAGGGCCUGCUGAGUGACCUGCUAGGAGCCUGCAGGACGCUGAGCUCCAGACCACCAAAAGGUUUUGAAAAAUAUUUUCCAGAUGGUCAGAAAACUCCAAAAAACUCUGAAGCUGAAGCAGGAAAUAAAGAGGCCAAACCUGCCAAUGCUCAAAGAGCUUCUGGGCAGUCAGGAGGAGGAGGAGCCGAAGGAGGAGGAGGAGGAGGAGGAGGAAAAAGAGGAGGUCGUAAGGAGGACUCGCACUGGUACAGCCGCCUGCAGAAGGGUGACAUUCCCUGGGACGAUAAAGAGUUUCACAUAUUCUUCUGGAGUGGAGUGGCGUUCUGGACCGUUGUCACUUAUUACUUCUUAAGGGACGGAGGGCGCGAGGUCACCUGGAAGGACUUUGUCAACAACUACCUGUCCAAAGGAGUGGUGGAUCGGUUAGAAGUUAUCAACAAGCGUUAUGUCAAAGUGGUUUUCUCGACAGGGAAGACACCUGUGGAUGGGAAGUAUGUGUGGUUUAACAUUGGCAGCGUGGACACGUUUGAGAGGAACCUGGAGACAGCUCAGUAUGAGCUCGGCAUUGAGGGAGAGAACAGACUGCCGGUGGUUUAUUCCACUGAGAGCGAUGGCUCUUUUCUACUGAGCAUGUUCCCCACGGUACUCAUCAUUGGCUUCCUGCUGCUCAUGCUGCGGCGCGGUCAAGCGGGGGCGGGGCGUCCUGGCCGGGGGAUGGGGGGUCUGUUCAGUGUCAGCGAGACGACAGCGAAAAUCUUGAAAGAUGAGAUCGAUGUGAAGUUCAAAGAUGUAGCAGGCUGUGAGGAGGCUAAACUGGAGAUCAUGGAGUUCGUCAACUUCCUGAAGAAUCCCAAACAGUACCAGGACCUGGGUGCCAAGAUCCCCAAGGGCGCCAUCCUGACCGGUCCUCCAGGAACAGGAAAGACUCUCCUGGCCAAAGCGACAGCCGGGGAAGCCAACGUGCCAUUCAUCACUGUUAAUGGCUCAGAGUUCCUGGAGAUGUUUGUGGGCGUCGGCCCAGCCCGGGUGAGGGAUCUGUUUGUCAUGGCGAGGAAGAAUGCUCCCUGCAUCCUCUUCAUCGACGAGAUCGACGCUGUAGGACGGAAGCGAGGACGAGGAAAUUUUGGAGGACAGAGCGAGCAGGAGAACACGCUGAACCAGCUUCUGGUGGAGAUGGAUGGCUUCAACACAGCGACCAAUGUUGUGGUUCUGGCAGGAACUAACAGACCGGACAUUCUGGAUCCGGCCCUGCUGAGGCCUGGACGCUUUGACCGGCAGAUUUAUAUCGGUCCCCCUGACAUCAAAGGACGAGCAUCCAUCUUUAAAGUUCACCUGCGUCCUCUGAAGCUGGGGGCUGACAUAGACAAAGAUGCUCUAGCCAAGAAGAUGGCCGCCCUCACUCCUGGGUUCUCAGGUGCUGACAUCGCUAAUGUGUGUAAUGAGGCAGCUCUGAUUGCCGCUCGCCACCUUUCAGAUGCCAUCAACCAGAAACACUUUGAACAGGCCAUCGAGAGAGUCAUUGGAGGUUUGGAGAAGAAGACUCAGGUCCUGCAGCCGGAGGAGAAGAAGACGGUGGCAUAUCACGAAGCAGGUCACGCUGUGGCUGGAUGGUUCCUGGAGCACGCUGACCCUCUGCUCAAGGUGUCCAUUAUCCCCAGAGGGAAGGGUCUGGGCUACGCUCAGUACCUGCCCAAAGAGCAGUACCUGUACACCAAAGAGCAGCUUCUGGACCGGAUGUGUAUGACUCUGGGGGGGCGGGUCUCUGAGGAGAUCUUUUUUGGACGGAUCACCACCGGAGCUCAGGAUGACCUCCGAAAGGUCACCCAGAGCGCCUAUGCACAGAUCGUGCAGUUUGGGAUGAAUGCAAAGGUGGGUCAGGUGUCCUUCGAUGUGCCCCGGCAGGGUGAGAUGGUUCUGGAGAAACCAUACAGCGAAGCUACAGCUCGCCUCAUCGACACAGAGGUCAGAACCCUCAUCAGUGAAGCCUACCAGAGAACCCACCAACUGCUGAGCGACAAGAAGGCAGAGGUCGAGAAGGUGGCGCUGCGGCUGCUGGAGAAGGAGGUUAUAGAUAAGAACGACAUGGUCGAGCUGCUGGGAAAACGGCCAUUCGCAGAGAAGUCAACAUAUGAAGAGUUUGUGGAGGGAACUGGAGGUGAGGAUGAGGACACAACACUGCCAGAAGGUCUGAAGGACUGGAAUCGGGAGAGGAAGGACAAGGAGGAGAGCCAGGACGAGCAGGUGGCCCGCCAGAUUUCUGGGGCAAUGCCUUUCUAGAGUGUUCUAAUGGACAUCUGGGUUCUACUGCACGGCAAACACAGACCCAUCACAGUCGUGUUUAAGAUAAUGUCUGUCUGGAGUUCUGCAUCACAAUCAAUCAUAGGGUCUCCAACCUCCUCACUAAUUUCCUGAAUAAAUAUUGAGAGCUUUGCAUCUUCUCUCUGGAAUUCUGCACAAAACACCAGAUCUUCACGUCAUAAAAUUCCUGUUCUGUUGCAUAUUUGGGUCCUACCACCAUCCCAAACGAUGACCCAAACCUCCUACAUAGGUCUAGAGUCAUGCUUAUAGAGGUUUUUACAGUCACAUAGCCUCCAUCCAUAAGGUCUAGAACCUCCUGACUUAUAAUAAACAUCAAGAGCUCAAUAAGAACCUAUUUCUUGGCAUUCUGCACCAACAGCAACUCUUCACCCUAUUGCAAUCUAGAACACUCUGUUGGAUUUUUGGUUUAUGUUGUAACUCUUACUAUGACCAAACCCUCCAGUGUUUCAAGAACCUUAUCUGAAAUUAUAUUUCACCUGGUCUCCAUCUACGAGGUUUAGAGCCCUCUAACUGGCUGAAUUCUUAGACCCUUCCCUCUGGAGUUAUGUUAUCACACUUGUUCAAGCAAACCUUUUACUUGUUGUUCUAGAACCUUCACUUUAGCUCUGACCUUACAGAGUUUAUAUGAAGGGAACCCUCCAAAGGAAUAUUCUAGAUUCAGUGUUCUAGAUGUUCUUCAUCAGUUGUCCAACCAGUUUCUGUGUCAAGGUCCAGCAUUCCCUGCAGCUCUGGCUUCUAGAAGACUCGCGUUCAUAAAUGUAUUUCUGAAUCCUCAGAAGUUCUCAUUGAGUUCAGAAAUAUUUUAAACGGAGAUCUGUUCUCUUUACUUUGCUGGGUUCUGAUACACUGCCUCUGUCCUAUGGACCCUGUAGAACCCCUUCUCCGUCUUGUAGAAAAUUACCACGGUCUUUUGUGCUGGGAACUUUUAAUAAACAGUUAUUGAAUCGUUAUUUACACUGAGCUCUUGAACCCUCAGUCCAACAGAAAGUUCUGUAUCACCAAAAUGUUCCAAAGCAGGGUUCUAGAUUUACUACAUCACAUACGCCUCUGUUAGGUUGU